GUGACGGAAGACGGAACCAGACUGAACGUAACUCACUUCGUGUCUGUACCACGAACGGCGGUAUUUGUCGUAUAUGGUUAGGAACAUUGUGCAUCAACAAAAAAUACAAUUCACGACGUUGCCCCAGAAGAAAUUCAAGGGUAAUUUUUUGUAAGUUUAUUCAUUGACAACAUUGUGAUAAUCAAGGAUGUCAAAAGUACUAGACGAGGAAUUGAAACAAGCCUUCUCAAAGCUGCACGAGAAGAUGGUGGACACCAAGCAAAAGUUAAAGUUGGCUGAUAUACAAAUCGACAAGUUGCGGCGUACAAAGCAGCGGGCGGAACUCACAGUAAAGGAGAUUAGCAUUCUUCCCAACGACACAAGGAUGUACGAGUCUGUUGGUCGAAUGUUCCUUUUAGAUAAGAUGGGGAAUAUUCAGGACAAUUUGGAAAAUAAAAUAAAAACUUCCGACGAGAAGAUCAAGACGCUAGAGAAUAAUAAAGCAUAUCUACAGCGUAAUUUGAAGGAGAGCGAAAACGAAAUUAGAGAAAUGAUUCAGCAGAAACAAAGCAAGGAGACCUCGGGUUAAAACUCGUGUACUAUUAUAUAAACGCUAAUUCGAUCAUUGAUAUUCGUUUUCUCAUCAAUAUUCUUCGAAUCUUUUGCAGCUUAUAAUUUGGAAGAUGUAUUUCUGUAAAUACAUGAACAAUCUAUCAUCUAUUGACUUGUCAUCACGUUCGUGCAUUUUUGUCACUAUGACAUUUUUUUGUACACUAUAUAUGGAAUAAAAUAUCGUUAAACUCAA